AUGGUACAUUCCAAACGACGGAAGACCGGGAAUCAAUAUGCAGAUGAAGACAUUCCCCAUUAUGUGGAGAACCAUUCGGUUGAUGGUGAUGUCUCAGUUGAUAAAGGGAAAAGGGUAGCAUCAGAGUCUGAUGCAUCAAACAAUGAAUACGAACCUGAUUGUGAAUGUAGUGAGUAUGAUACAUUGGUUGACAGUGAUUAUGAAAGUGAGUAUGAUGACAUGUUGUAUGAUAGUUAUGUUGAUAAUGAAGUUGAAUGGACUGGUUUGAAUAGUAAUAGGUAG